AUGCUGUCCACAAGCCGCUCCCUAGACACAUCUUCAUCGCCUCUGAGCCCUCACCCUAGUCUACUCCUCCUAGACUACGGCCGCGACCACAAGUUGGCUUGGGACACCAAAAGUGCAAAGGCAGAGAUAUCUGCUCGCGCACCGGCGUAUCCCUCCCCACCCAUGUCAGGGUCUCCUUCUCUGCCGCCAAAGGACCCUCGAAGUUUCCAUGGUCGAAGUGAGGGCUUGGGCGGUUACUCUACAACCAGCUUACAAGAUGCAUAUCGAACAACUUCGGCGCAGAACCGACCAGUAGAUCAGCGGUUACAACUUCCGCCGCCGCGGCGGCCACCACCGCAACACCACCCUCGCAUGUCUGUACAGUACCAGAAAGAAUCAAAUACGGAAUCCGCCUAUGGAUACCAGGCAUCAGAGGGCCAUUCCAUACAGACGGCGGCCUUGUACUCGUCACGAGGUCCCCCUGGCAUCAACAGGGCACGACAUCAACAUCCUCAACCGUACGGCUCAGCGAUAGCUGGAACCGGUACUGCGAGCCAGCAGUCAACAGAGGGCGGGCCAAGCUCGACGGAAAACCAAUCCAUGAGCUCUCCCAAGUCCCAGCGCAAAACUAAAGGUCACGUCGCCUCAGCUUGUGUCCCAUGCAAAAGGGCCCAUCUCCGGUGCGACGCGAGGCCUAGAUUACCGGAGCCCGUUGCCUACUUGAACAUGAGCCUCGAAUUUGUCAAAGGGUCUGCAACGUUCUGGGACGCAGCUGGUUUGCCAAACAUGGCUGGACGCAACUUGGGGGAAGUAGUCUUGCCAGCCGAGCUUGAAAAGGUGUCACAAAUUCAAACCCAUUUCAACAGCGAGCAGAAGAGACGGGAGCCCAAUUAUCUACCUCCAAUACUAGGCCACGGAUCUCAGAGUAUCUACCGCCUUGGAUUUACUGUUGAAGACUUUGGGCGAUUUCCGCUGAACUUCCACGAUCAUUUGGCAUUUGUGGGCGCAAACGGCUAUGCCCGACCAAUGGCAGUUCGUGCCGACAACCGCAGAUAUCACCUACUCCGAACCUUCACGGAGCGCAACCCAGCGUCGCGUAUAAACGACGCAGUCCAGAGACCUUAUUCACCCGGCGUCCACCCUUUGACCCCGUCCGAAGCCGAUCCAAUGACAGUCUAUAUACGGCCAAUUUGGCUGCAGAAUCAUCCAAGCACUCCCGAAGACCCGCGGGUUUUACGGAACAGGGAUCAAAUCCAGCAGGCCGACAAUAUGAAGGGGCAACGGAGCGGCAACCCCAUAGCGGACGGCCAUAUCCAGCUUCUCAACAAGAAGCGGCUGCGCAAAGUCAUGCAAGCCUACAACUAG